CCCGCCCACCCCGCCGUGCCCUCUCAAGGUUGGCGGAAGUGAGGAGGCGCCCAGCGGCCUUGGCCUCCAGCUUGGACACCGCGGGGGCCCGGGCAUCCCCGGGGAGGUGCCCCUCAGAGCUGGCCCUCUCGCGCAACCCUGGGCCACUCCCCCGCCCCACCUCUUCCCUUGGGCACCGUCGGGGGCGGAGCUGCCUCUUUGUCCCGCAGGACCUGAUUCCUGCCCACUGGGCCCUCUCUUGACCUGACCCGAGGCCCCCGCUGCAAGCCCAGCCCUGAGGGUUGGAGAUUUGACACAGCUGGCAGAGUGUGCAUGGCGGGUCUUGGGAGGGCAGAUCCUUGGGCCAGGAGACAACAGGCCCCAGUCUCCCAGAAUGAUGCCCCUGGCCAUCAGAAGAAAGUGGUAUCAUGGAUAGAUGUGUAUUCACGUGCCACCUGCCAGCCUCGGGAGGUGGUGGUGCCCUUGACUAUGGAGCUCAUGGGUACUGUGGCCAAACAACUGGUGCCCAGCUGCGUGACUGUGCAACGUUGCGGUGGCUGCUGCCCUGACGACGGCCUGGAAUGCGUGCCCACUGGACAGCACCAAGUCCGAAUGCAGAUCCUCAUGAUCCGGUACCCAAGCAGUCAGCUGGGGGAGAUGUCCCUGGAAGAACACAGCCAAUGUGAAUGCAGACCAAAAAAAAGAGAGAGUGCUAUGAAGCUGGACAGGGCUGCCAUUCCCCAUCACCGCCCCCAGCCCCGCUCUGUUCUGGGCUGGGACCCUGCCCCCGGAGCACCCUCCCCAGCUGACAUCACCCAUCCCACUCCAGCCCCAGGCCCCUCUGCCCACGUUGCAGCCAGCGCUGCCAGCGCCCUGACCCCUGGACCUGCCGCUGCCGCUGCCGACGCCGCAGCUUCCUCCGUUGCCAAGGGCGGGGCUUAGAGCUCAACCCAGACACCUGCAGGUGCCGGAAGCUGCGAAGGUGACACAUUGCUUUUCAGACUGUGGGGCCACUUGCCUCAUACAUCAUACCCCAUGGGAGAAGAAAGGAGAACCUGAGAACAGCCCAACCCAAAACCUUGGUCCUAGUGGAAGCUGCUUCAGGACCUGGGCCUCUCAGAGGAUUCUCCUGCUGUCUCCCGAUGCUGCUUUCUGACAGAGUUGAUGAGAUGUGGGGGCAGCAUGAGGGGUCAUGUCCCAGCUGGGGAGGGGGGCGUUGUGUGCUACCCUGUGCACAUGAGAUGAGCAUUUUACACCUGGCUCCUGCCUCUCCUCCCCUGAGAAGACUCCCCACCUCUGCAAAUAAUAGGAUUUGGGCUUUGGUAUGGAAACUGUGAUUUCCCCAACCUUGAUAAAAAAGAUAGAAGGAGCUGUC